AUCAACUGGAUCUUCCACUCGAUUUUGAUGCAUUCUCAUCGCAAGAAAUUAUUGAAACGUACGACGAGGAAGAGGAAAAGAAAUGGCAAAUUAAUCACAAAGAGAAAAUAAAAGAGCAGAAACGAAAUGAGGCAGCCGAACGGCAACAAAUAUUGAGCGGAAAGGCUGAAGACGAUAUUAUCAAGAGGUUAGAGGAACUAGAGCUAAUGGAAGAACUGGAAAAUGAAUUGGAAGCAAUGUCUGAAGAAGAUGAUGAAGCUGUCCAGGCAAUCCUCAGUGAACGGCCGGAAGAAAUUUCGUUUAAGAAAAGAAUGUCUCACUUCAACGAUCGUAAUAUUGAAGAUGAUAUAUCGUCUACGGAAGAUGCUGCGUCGUCUGCGAAAGAUGCUGAGCGUCCAAGGAAAAUGAUGCAAGUGCUGACAACGUAAGCCUUUCUCUGAACAGUAGUGAUGAUGAGACGACGACGAUGAGGAUGAUGAGAUUCCGCCCGAAUUCAAAGAACUUGAGCGUAGAACAGCAUCAAUGACAAAUCGAGAAAAAACGAAAUUAUUUAAGGCCAAAUUGGAUGAAGUUCAAAAGUAUUUGGAAGCUUUGAAACCUCGCACUAUUGAAGAAAUAUCACACAAGACUGAUAUGAUGUUCUUAUCUGACCAUUUACUGAAUGCCAUCGAAAUUAUGGAAGAUGAGUUCAAGUGCGAUCGGUACUUAAAUGCAGAGAGUGUGAUAACAGAAGACAGUGACGACAUCGAGCCUGCUACUGUUGUUCCAGCCAGUGUGACGAAACAAACCAUUUUGAAGAAGAAAAUGAAAACUUCCUUUGCAUUCGACGAUGAUAAAAACUCGAGAAAAAUUAGAUUCGCCUCUGAGCAUGAUGUGAAGUCGUUUGACGUGUUAGAGGAACCGAGUAAAAUAUCAUCAACUGUAAUAUAUGACCGUGGACCAGUGCUGAACUUGAAUGUUAAUCAUUCCGAAGCGGUAUUUCGUGAUACGAAUGAACAAUCCGAUGUUAUACGAAGCCCGGUCGACAUAUACAAACAAUUUGCUGGUUGUGUUCCACAAACUAAUGAGUUUUUAAUGAAUCGACCAACAUCUCAGAAAAUAAUGAAACAUCCAACGGUAGAUCGACCAACUCCCAAGGUAAUCAAAGAAGAGCCCAAUGAAGUCAAGAAAUAUUCCAAGGUAAUCAAAGAAGAUCCAGAGGUAAUCAAAGAAGAGCUUACUGAAGUCAAAGAAGAACCAAGAGGUCAAGAUAUAGCGGUAGCAAAGGCCGAAGUGAAAGAUAUGCUGGACAACAUGUUCUGCCCUAAGAAUACAAACGAACCCGAUCCACUACCAGAAGGUAAUUUUGUGGACUCACAUGCGCCGAAAAAAAGAGUUAGUUUGUUCAAACAGCGCGUCAAAUGAAAAGCCAAUAAAAGUUUGUUUUGAACGAUUGUUCAAGUAGUUUUGAUCGUUUAAUUUUUUUGACUCAAAAACAAAUCAUACAACAGGAGUCCGUAUUCGAAUGGCUUACAUCGAAAAUUACUUG